AUGAAAAUCCCUCUUCAAUAAUAAAUUUUGGGUAUGGAUUUAAAAAGGACUCCAGACAAAGAUUUGAUUAUUAAUGUCCUUAAAACACUAAAACCGAAUAAAUAUGACAUGAGAUAGUUCACAUAAGAAUAGAUUAAGUAAAUGAAUUUAUAAGCAUAGUAAAAUUAACGACUUAGAUUUCUCAAUGGGAAAGAAAUUUGGUGUUAAAAGAUUAUUUCGCAUUUCGAAAGUAAAAUAAAUAGAAGCUGAAUAAUUUAAGAAGAACAUAAAAAAAAAAAUUUAGAAGUAAAAAUGGAUUGCAAAAAUAAACUGA